AUGUUGUGCUUGCAAAUCAGUUCGUGUAGGUUCGAGGGUCUGUUGCUAAGUUCGCGGAGAUCGAUCCUCAUCGUCUACACUGCCAUCCCCGAACUACUCAAGACCAAAGGCCAAGUCAUAAUUACGACCUCCCAGGCCGCACACCUUCGCUGCCCCGCGAUCGCGGAUUACUCGAAAAGCAAACACACUCUCAACCGCUUCGUCGAGAUCCUCGCUCUCGGCAGACUACAGAACUCACAUUCUACGCUGUCCACCCGGGCAUAA